AUGGCUAACACAUAUCGACUCCGAUCGGAUGCAAAACGGGUAAAGAUGUCAUCCAAUGAUAAGAAUGGCACUCAAGAGGAAUACCCGAAGAACUCAUUUGACAGAUUUGGUGAUGACUUAUGCGAAGAGUUGUUGUCUUAUCUGUCACUGAAAGAGAGCUUCAGAUAUGAAUGUCUGUCCAAACAGUGGCGAAGAAGUAUUCAUCAGAAGAGAGAUAAACUUGUGGUCAACUCAUGGCGAUUGUGGUGCCACUUAAAGGACCACUACCUCGACGUAAAGCACAUGAAUGACAAGACUUUGGAAACAGUGAUCCAGAAGUUACCAAACAUUACAGGCAUUGAGAUAACAGUGAAAUCGGAAGCAACGGAACGGGUGUUUGAAGUACUCAUGAAGUCAUACAAACACUUGAAGACAAUUCACGUCCGCUUUCGGAGCAGAGAUGAGACACAGACAGACAGACUGUUGCGGACAUACGGCUCACGAAUGACACGAAUGGAUAUACAAGGAAGGGAACUACAUGUGUUUAAACGGUACACCAAUUCAUACACUAAACUCACACAACUCUAUAACGGGGACACAUCCGGAUUCAGUCGCGUAUACCUUAAAGAUAUCUUCAGUGAUAACAACGAGCUGUUGGUUAAAUGGUUGACUGAAUAUAACUGCAAUUAUAACGGACAGCAAAACGAUUUGAAACUCUUGAAGCUUAAAGACGCCGUCAGAAAUAUUGAAGUCAUGAAACAGUUGUCGCAAUUGAAAGCAUUGCGCGAAUUAAGACACCAUAUGUUUGUCGUCGAAGACAAUGGAAUCGACGAGUUCUGCAAAGAGUUCGCCAAACAGUGGCCACAACUCAAGAGAUGUUACUUUGAAAUGAGUUUCCGUACGAUUCCCGGCAUUAGACGAGUGAUUGAGUCCGUGAACGGUAUGCGAGGCUUACGACGACUGCGGCUAUCAUUCAGUUCUCGCGACCAAAGGAGCCAUAAAAGUAUCGAUGAUUUGUCGCUCAACUCAUUGUCCGGUUUGAAACGAUUACAGCACUUGUGGAUAGAUUUCCGCGAUUUAUCCGUAAACGAGAGGUUCUUCGCUGAUACAUAUUUCCCUCGACUCCAGGCGUUUAGACUCAGCGCUCAGCUCAAGAUGAGCGCCGGUAUUAAGGAGUCGGUGGAAAGGGUGCCGAAAUUGGUUUCAUUCAAGUUUGAUGACUACACCCCACGUUACAUGGCUACCACUGCCCGCAAGAGUAUUCCCCAAAACACUUCCAAUGCAAAGAUCGCAUCCAAUGAUAAGAAUGACACUCAAGAGGAAUACUCGAAGAACUCAUUCGACAGAUUCGGUGAUGACUUACAUCGAGAGAUGUUGUCUUACCUGUCAUUCAGAGACUGUUUCCGAUUUGAAUGUGUGUCCAAACAGUGGCGAAGAAGUAUUCACCAGAAACAACAUAAACUUGUGAUCAACGCAUUGCUGUCGGAGAUGAGUGCCGACCACUACCUCGAUGUCAAUCGCAUGGAUCGGCAGACAUUUGAAUCGGUGCUCAAGAAGUUGCCAAACAUUACACGCAUUGAGAUAACCGUGAAAUCGUCAGCAACGGAACGGGUGUUUGAAGUACUCAUGAAUUCAAAUGAAUGCAAAGACUUGAAUACAAUUCACGUCCGCUUUUGGCCAAAAGAUACCAAAAUAGCGGACAGACUGUUGCGGACAUACGGUUCACGAAUGACUGAAAUAGUGAUCUCAAGACCCGUACUAAAUGUGUUCAAACAAUACAACAACUCCUACACUACACUCACACAACUGUCCGCUUAUGGAGGCUUUCGGAUGGAGUUAAGCGAUAUUUUCUAUGAUUAUUACGAGCUAUUGGUUAAGGGAUUGACUGGAUUUGAGUGUAAUUAUUAUGGCUAUCAUAACCACACGAAUCACUUGAAGGCAUUUGUAGAUCACUAUGGGAACAGCUUAAAGACAUUGGAUAUCUGCUUGAAUGCCAUGACAUCUGAGAGAUAUAUAGAUGUAAUGAAACUGUUUUGUGAAUUGAAAGCAUUGCGAGAACUGACACUUCGUAUUCAUCCGCCUGUCCCCGUUGAAAGUGCACCGGUAGUCGACUAUCACUGCAAAGAGUUUGUCAAACAAUGGCCACAACUCAAGAGAUAUCAGUUGCAGAUAUCGUAUCAAACGAUUCCACAAUUGAGACAAUUAUUUGAGUCCAUGAAUGGUAUGAAAGGCUUAAGACAACUGCGGCUAUCAUUCAGUUCUCGAGAUAAUAGUCUUAAAAGUUGUGAUGAAUUAUCACUGAAAUCAUUGUCGGCUUUGAAACGUUUACAGCAUUUGGCGGUAGAUUUCGGAGAUUUAGUCGUAAACGAGAAGUUUUUCGAUGACAUCGACACUCAUUUGCCGAGACUUUUGUCAUUGAGAUUCAGCGCUCAACUCGAGAUAAGCGCCGGUAUUAAGGAAUCGGUGGAACGACUGCCAAAACUCGGACAACACGUGACCAACACAUGGAUCAGUCAAGUGGUGAUCAAUUCAAACACAAAA